AUGGAAUCGCCUUCUACGCCGCGCAGGAGACCCAUCUCGAUGCACUACCCGCCUCCCUCGCCGUCUUCGUACUCGAUUUCCUCUCAUCGCCCAACAUCACCGCCUCCUCCCUCGCAGUCGCCUCGCCUGACCCGCAGACCGACGCACCAGAAACACAAGUCGACAUCGUCACUCUCCAGCCUCGCGCAGCUCAAUCUGGGAGGGUCGUUCGGUGGCAGCAAUGGGCGCGAGACGCCGCCUCCCUCGCUCGGGCCUGCAUCGUCCAUCUCGCACUCGCCUUCCAUUCUGCACAGUCCGAGAUGGGAAGAAGGGACGUGGGGAAUGCAGCGGAGCAACAGCAUCAGCGCGGCGGCGGGCGGGCAGUGGGGUGCUUUCGGGAUCGGGUCGUCUGCGGCGACUGGUGUUGGGCGCGAGUACGAGGAUGUCCAGAACAGGACGUUCUGCAAGUGGCUCAAUGCCCGCCUCGAACCUCACGGCUAUCCUCCUGUCGUCGACCUUGGUGUCGACUUCAGCGACGGAACUCGGUUGAUCCAGCUCGUCGAAGUCUUGACAGAGUCAUCGCUGGGCAGGUAUAACCAGCAACCGUACCACCGCGUACAGAAGAUGGAGAACGCCGUCAAGGCGCUCGAGCGGAUCAAGGAGAUGGGUGUGCACUUGACCAACAUCGGGCCAGAAGACGUCGUUGACGGAAACCGCAAGCUCAUCCUCGGCAUGAUCUGGUCGCUCGUCCUGCGGUUUUCAAUCGCCGACAUCAACGAGGAAGGUUCUCACGCGAAGGAAGGUCUCCUGCUAUGGUGUCAACGCAAGACGGCGCCCUACAACGAGGUCGACGUCAAGGACUUCACGCGAAGCUGGCAAGACGGACUCGCUUUCUGCGCCCUCAUCCACCGACACCGACCCGACUUGCUCGACUACGACCAGCUCGACAAGCGUCCGCAGGCGGCUGCGCACAACCUCGCAAAGGCUUUCAAGGUCGCGGAUGAACACUUGGGCAUCCCUCAACUGCUCGACGUCGAGGACGUUUGCGGUACGAAGCGGCCCGACGAGCGGUCGAUCAUGACUUACGUCGCGCAGUUCUUCCACGCCUUCUCGUCGCGAGCACAAGCCGAGACGGAAGCGAGGGUCAUCAGCAACUUUGUCGAGGAGAUGAGCGCGUUGAUGCUCGCCGUACACGACUACGAGCGCCGUGUUACCGAGCUUCUCUCGGCUAUCGACUCACACCUCUCAAAUUGGUCGACCUCCCCACCCACGCCCUCACAUUCCUACGCCCAACUCUUCGCCCACCGCGCCUCCUUCGCGACCUACCAACAAACGCUCCGAAGGACGUGGCUGAAGGAGAAGAGCGACACGAGGGAGCUGUUGGCGAACGUGCGGAAUAAGUUGAGGACGUACGGGCUGAAGGGGUACGAGCCGGAGGAGGGCUUGAGGGUCGAGGACGUCGUGGCGAAGUGGGAUGAGCUGGGCGCAGCCGAGCUCGCCCGCUCGCGGACGAUCAACCUCAUGAUCCGGCGGAUACAGGAAGAAGCACGGACGCGGUUUGCGGAUCAGGCAAAUGCCUUGCAAGUCUCGCUGCGAAGAGUGCAGGGACAGAUGGCGGCUUUGUCGGAUCCUUCAGAAUCUUUGACGGCCCAGCUCGACUCGUUCCACCACAUCUCGUCCGCCAUUCUCCCGUCCCUCUCGCGAUCGCUCGACGACGUUCGUGCCGCAGAGGACGCGUGCAGGGAGUGCGAAGCGCUCGAAGCGGGCGUCGACGGGACGUGCUGUUCGGCAGACGAGCUGGGCGUCGAGGUCGAUUGUGUCCAGCAAGCAAUCAAGAAGCGUUUGGCGUUCAUCGAGAACCAGAUGGUCGCUCGCAAGGCCUCGUCAGUCACGUCCGAGCAGCUCGAAGACUUCGAGUCGGCCUUCCGUGCGUUUGACAAGGACGGCAAGAACGCGUUGGACCUCGACGAGCUGGCUGGCGCGCUGAGCAGCAUGGGCGUCCUCGAGGUGAAUCUCGAUGGCGUCAAGCAAGUGGACGGGCUCGUGUCCUUCGAGGAGUAUAUCCGCUUGAUGACGGAACGAGCGGAGGACCGCGUCACGGGCGACAAGGUUCGAAGCUGCUUCCGCUCGGUCGCAGCCGAGAAGGGCUAUGUUACGGAGCUCGACCUCACGCGCCUCCAGCUCCCUUCGUCGGCUAUGCGCUUCCUGCAGGACCACAUGCCCAAGACCGCCAUCGCUACCGAAGUCGAGCCAGAGGAGGAGGUGACCGACUCGCGACAGCGCGCAGCCUUCGACUACGAGGCGUUCCUCGAUAACUUCCUCGAAUGA